ACGAUGGUUGUCAACUUAAAUCCCACCGCAGACUGCUGCUGGGUUCGACGUGGUCUAUUAAAACCAGCAUUAAGAUUAACCUGAUAGGCCGAACUUCCCAGCCGCACGCCAGCUUAGUGUCUGUGUGGACUCCGAUUAGCUCUUACUCACACUCUCACAGAAAAAACAAGAAAGCAAUCUAACAAACAAACAAACACCAAAACUCUGCAUUCAACCAUCAUGCCACCAUCGCCAACACCCAUUUAGAAAAAUGUCCCUCCCAACCAACAUCGGAUUGUGGCUGGUGGGGGUAGCGCUGAAUGUGGUUGCGGUCCGGGCCGAGCUCCCCCUGACUGACAAUCCCAGCGCGCAGGCAACAGCGACCUUGAAGGACGACAGGAGCGUCACCUUCGAUCCGCUUGGCGUCGCUGCAGUCCUCCACAACCCGCGCGCCAGUGCGAGUGCCGCCAGGCUGUAUACUCAGUAUGACCGCAAAGUCUUCAUCUGGCCGCACACGAUGAUGAUGGGGGCGACCCUGAUCCCCGUCAAGGUGCUGGUCGAACAUUUGACCGCAACAUUUCAGUCCAUUCAUCCCGCCAUCACGUUGUGCACUCAGGACACGGAGAGCUUGCCUGUCGUCUCGAAUAUGGUGUUCAAGGAGUUUCCUUUAGAUUUUAGUAAAAUGUGGCUAAACGAUGUGAUUGCUUACAAGUCUUCUUCCGUGCCAGUCAAUGAUUUCAUGCUUGUUUGCAUGGAUGAACUUGAGACGCCAGCUGGUCUACCAAAAGCGACCAAGUGGCUUGGUCGUCGGGCUCUCGACUUCAUUUCUUUAUGGAGUGGGCUAAUCAUCGCUGCCGGGAUCGUGUUGGGGAUCCUGUAUAUCGAUAUUUGGGCAAUCACUUUGUUUUUUUUCUACGGAAUGCACUGGCUAGCUGGCCUUGCAAUUUCAACAACAUCUUUGGUCACACCGCAAGAUACUCCCAUCAAGGAAGACGACACGACCCGUUAUGCCAUCUACCAACGAGCAGCAGGCGGCACAGUUGUUUUCAAGGGCCGCCAAGACACGAUGGAAGCUUGGGCACGGACUACUUGGAGAUUCAAACGGACAUGGACAAGCAACACACUUCACUGGUUCUGGACUCUCACAGGCACGUUAUCCGCCAUUUGCUCUGUUGCCUGCAUGGUUAAUAUGCGCGGGUUCAUGCAGCUGGUCUUUCUCGCUGAAUUGAUCUACUCGUCCCUUGCCGAAAUUGUUGCCACCCGUGUCUCGCGCAUCCUCCAGGGCCGGGCAAAUGCAUCCGACCGUGCAUAUCUGGUGUCGGGUAAUAAGUUUCGUACAAAGGGAGUGAUCCGCGCUACUAUUGAAGUAGACCCGCAAUUUCGCCUAGAGGGACUGGAUUGGGUUGGUAUGAAACGAAUGCCAUCAGAUCAAAUUUUCCAAGACAUGCAGGAUAUGCUGAAAAGUAUUAAUCGGUUUCAAAAACGGGUUGAAACGGGCGGUAAUAAUGAGUUGGAAUUUGUCUCCCAGCAACAGGGGCCUAGAUGGCACCCCGAUGUGGAUGCCGCUUUUGAGGAGUUUAAGACGAAGGGGACGAGGUCAGAGGACCCGGAUUUGGUGGUCCGUAUUCAAAAUGAGGCGGAAGCAGCUUUGCAAGCUUGGUGGGACAAGAGGCAAACGAAGCGGACAAUGAGUAGUGGAGAGAAGGAUGCAAAAGCAUCGGUGUAACGAUAUUCCAUUGUCAAACAUUAAUGAACAUAUCACGUUAUUGAUGUAUAGGAUUAU